GACAGGUUGGACAGGUCAGUCCAGUGGGCAGGUAUUCUGAAUGCUCAUCGGGUGUGGUGAGAGACAGGCAGCGAAGAGACUCAGAUUGAAACUGGUAGUAUAGAGAACAUAAAAGAGCAAAGUAUACUGAGUAUUGAUUGAGGGGGGAAAAAGUGUAUUUUACAUGUUGAAUUAAAAGUGCUGCUCAGGUUUAAAAAAAAAAAAUCAAUCCUAAAGGACUACUCUUUGACUAGGAUAUUUGGACUUAAGUGGAUGAUUGGGCUUACAUGGACACAGUGAUGUAAACAUUGCUCCUAGGUUGGCUAGUGAAGGUUUGACAGCUGAAAGACCAUAGGAGGUGAGGACGCAGAACCAGAGACAUGGCAGACGCACCAAAGAUUGAGCUCUUCAUCAAGGCAAGUGAUGAUGGUGAAGGAGUUGGCAACUGUCCAUUCUGCCAGCGGCUCUUCAUGAUUCUCUGGCUCAAGGGGGUUAAUUUUACCCUCACCACAGUGGACAUGAAAAGAGCUCCAGAGGUCCUGAAGGACCUUGCUCCUGGCUCUCAGCCCCCAUUCCUCCUUUAUAAUGGAGAGGUACGCACUGACACUAACAAGAUUGAAGAGUUUCUGGAAGAGACUUUGGCACCCCCACAAUAUCCCAAACUAUGCUGUCGCUACAAGGAGUCUAAUAGUGCUGGUGAUGAUAUCUUCCACAAGUACUCUGCUUACAUCAAAAACCCCAACCCUGGACUUAAUGAUAUGCUGGAAAAGAAGUUUCUGAAGAGCCUGAUGAAGCUGGAUCAGUAUUUGCUUACCCCUCUUCCAUACGAGUUGGAUAAGAACCCGAAUUUGACUCAGUCUACCCGAAACUACCUGGAUGGAGACUCACUCACUCUCGCUGACUGCAACCUUCUCCCCAAGCUACAUAUUGUCAAGGUUGUGUGUCGAAAAUAUCGUGAGUUUGAGAUCCCUGCAGCUCUCACCGGUCUGACUAAGUACCUGGAGAAAGCCUACCAGCAGGACGAGUUCCGCUACACGUGCCCCAAUGACGCAGAGAUCCUGCUCGCCUACCACUCAGUGGCCAAAUAUCUCAACAAGUAGAUCGAGUAGAGCAGGGGCUGGGUGGGGCUUGCAAAUGGAGUGGCUUUGGGCAAGUCUGAAUAAUAUGUCUCGGAAAUAAAAUUCUAUGUUAGAGGUUUCAAAUGA